AUGCGCAUCAACCGCGCGGUUUAUGCGGCCGCGGUGCUGCUGGCAGAUGGGGCAGACCACACCUCCCGGAUCUGGCGGAUUGGCCAAGCAACUCGGACGAUCAGUCGCGUGGCUCGCGCGCUUUUGGCGCUGGGUCCCCAGCGGCGCGGCAUUUCCAAGACCAGCAUCCCGGAAGAAAAGCUGUACGGCUCCUCGGCGUCGGAGAUCUGGUUCGAGGCAUGGACACGUUGCAAGGUGAAGCUACACCUGCCGCGGGAGCAAGGGCAGCUCAGAUCUCUCGAGGGCUGGAAGAUGACGCGGAAGUUGCCGUUCACGGUGCAUUUGGCGCGGCCGCGUCUGGACUUCCCUUGCGGAGUCCUGGACUUUGAGGUGACGCUGGGCCGGCUCCGCUUUGGCAGCCCCUGGGUUUUGGCGUUGCUGGGCUCCGGGGAGCAACGCUACGAGCGGCCCUUCCAGCAGGACCCCAACACGUGGACGUUGCCCGUGUCCGCCUGCUUCGGCCGCGUCUCGGGGCCCUUCGAGCGGCAACCGCCGCAUCUUCCGAAGCCGAAGCCGAAGCCAUCGAAGAGGAAGCAGCGCCAGACGCAGAAGGCGACGGCCGGCCUGGGAAGGGGCGAUGUGCUGGUGCGCGAGGACUUCUUGCAGCCUCAGGAGCUCUCGAUGCUCGAGGCCUGGGAGUCGCGCUGUCAAAAGAGCCUCGAGAAGAGCGAGGAGAAGAACGAGGGCGAGGAGUGCCUGGCGCGGGGAUGUGUGGCCUACUGUGGCCUCUGGCAGAUGGCGCAAGUCGCCCGGCCGGAGGAGCUGCAGCUGCUGCUGGAGGUCACCAAGCGGUCCCUGGCGCUGGUGAGAGGGGCGGGAGAUCUGCAGGUCACCGCCUACGAGUACAGCGGCCAGGUGUGGCCUCACUGGGCCACCUUCCAGAACUACCAGCCCGGAGGCAAGCACAUCUUGCAUCCCGACACGGACAAGGGCGAGCAUUGCCUUUCCCUCGCGGUGUCCUUUUCCACGCACGGGGCGGAUUUCACGGGCGGCGAGAUCAAGAUCUUCGAGUGCCCCAAGACGGUCCCAGACUGCGGGAACCGCGGCCGCGCUCGCACCUUUGUGCCCGUGAGCGGGGGGCCCUUUGCGCGGCAAACGCCGAAUGGCAGCGUCGUGCUCAAGCCAGGGGAGUGGCUCUGGGACGGCGAGCCGGAGGCCGCCUUCCCGGUGCGGCACAGGCUCCUCCCCAAGCGCGGCAAGGCCAUCGCCUGGCUCAGCGAGACGGUGCACCAGGCGAUGAGUUCAAUGGGGGCGGGGAUGGGAUGGGGGGCUGUCGGAUGA